GGCCGCGGCGCUCCGGGCGCGGGCGCGCGCCGGAGCCGGCCUGGUGCGGGCGCUCUCUGCGCACAGCGCGCGGCGCUCCUGCUCCCCGGCGGACACCCGGCCGCCCUGCAGAUAAAUGCGUCGCCUUCCUCGAGAGUGAGCGAGGGCGGGCGAGGCAGACGCAGACGCCGCCUGUGACAGUGGCAAUUCCCUGCGCCCCACAUCACAUUUGUCUGCCACAGCAGCAACAACAGAAAAGCGGAGGGAGGGAGGGAGGCGGGAGGAGGGGAGCGGAGCUCCGCAAGUCUUGGGUUCUGCGUGGAGGCUGCGUUUGGCUGGCGUCCCCGACCCCGGGCUUUUUGCACCGCAGCUUCGCAGUGCGCAGCGCCGGGCGGCCGCGGGCGCUCCGCCGGCGACUCCGCGGCCUCGUGGUGAGCGCGCGUGGGCGAGUGGCCGCGGACACUCUGGCCUCUCGGGGGAAGGCGCGCCGCGCCCUCGCCCCCUCGCCCCGCGGGCCGGCCGAGACGACGGGAAGUUUUAUUUGCAGCUUGGAGCCCGUGGCGGAUGGUGGGACUCUCCAGCCCUGUGCAGUAAAAGAUUGAUCUCUGGGCUGGUGAACAUAAUAUCUGUCCCAGUCAGAAAAGGAGAGAGGAAAUUAGCAGAGCGAUUGGUGGAGAAUGAUAUCUGUCAAAAGAAACACUUGGAGAGCACUGAGUUUAGUAAUAGGUGACUGCCGGAAAAAGGGGAACUUUGAAUAUUGUCAAGAUCGGACUGAGAAGCACUCCACGAUGCCAGACUCACCUGUGGAUGUGAAGACCCCAUCCAGGCUGACUCCUCCCACCAUGCCACCUCCCCCCACAACUCAAGGAGCUCCAAGAACCAGUUCAUUUACGCCGACGACUUUAACUAAUGGCACGAGCCAUUCACCCACAGCCUUGAAUGGCGCCCCCUCGCCGCCCAAUGGCUUUAGCAAUGGGCCUUCCUCCUCUUCCUCUUCUUCUCUGGCUAAUCAACAGCUGCCCCCAGCCUGUGGCGCCAGGCAGCUCAGUAAGCUGAAACGGUUCCUUACUACCCUGCAGCAGUUUGGCAAUGACAUUUCUCCAGAGAUAGGAGAGAGAGUCCGCACCCUCGUACUAGGACUGGUGAACUCUACUUUGACAAUUGAAGAAUUUCAUUCCAAACUGCAAGAAGCUACUAACUUCCCACUGCGACCUUUUGUCAUCCCAUUUCUGAAGGCCAACUUGCCCCUGCUGCAGCGCGAGCUCCUCCACUGCGCAAGGCUGGCCAAACAGAACCCUGCCCAGUACCUCGCCCAGCAUGAACAGCUGCUUCUGGACGCCAGCACCACCUCACCUGUUGACUCCUCAGAGCUGCUUCUCGAUGUGAACGAAAACGGGAAGAGGCGAACUCCAGACAGAACCAAAGAAAAUGGCUUUGACAGAGAGCCUUUGCACUCAGAACAUCCAAGCAAGCGACCAUGCACUAUUAGCCCAGGCCAGCGGUACAGUCCAAAUAACGGCUUAUCCUACCAGCCCAAUGGCCUGCCUCACCCCACCCCACCUCCACCUCAGCAUUACCGUUUGGAUGAUAUGGCCAUUGCCCACCACUACAGGGACUCCUAUCGACACCCCAGCCACAGGGACCUCAGGGACAGAAACAGACCUAUGGGGUUGCAUGGCACACGUCAAGAAGAAAUGAUUGAUCACAGACUAACAGACAGAGAAUGGGCAGAGGAAUGGAAACAUCUUGACCAUCUGUUGAACUGCAUCAUGGACAUGGUGGAGAAGACACGGCGGUCCCUCACCGUGCUGCGGCGGUGUCAGGAGGCCGACCGCGAGGAGCUGAAUUACUGGAUCCGGCGCUACAGCGACGCUGAGGACUUGAAGAAAGGCGGCGGCGGCGGCGGCGGCCACUCGCGGCAGCAGAGCCCCGUCAACCCGGACCCGGUGGCGCUAGAUGCGCAUCGGGAAUUCCUUCACAGGCCUGCUUCUGGAUACGUGCCAGAGGAGAUCUGGAAGAAAGCUGAGGAGGCGGUCAACGAGGUGAAGCGCCAGGCGAUGACCGAGCUGCAGAAGGCGGUGUCGGAGGCCGAGCGGAAAGCCCAUGACAUGAUCACGACUGAGCGCGCCAAGAUGGAGCGCACGGUGGCCGAGGCCAAGCGGCAGGCGGCGGAGGACGCGCUGGCUGUUAUCAAUCAGCAGGAGGAUUCGAGCGAGAGUUGCUGGAACUGCGGCCGCAAAGCGAGCGAAACCUGCAGCGGCUGUAACACAGCCCGGUACUGUGGCUCAUUUUGCCAGCACAAAGACUGGGAGAAGCACCACCACAUCUGCGGACAGACCCUGCAGGCCCAGCAGCAGGGGGACACGCCCGCAGUCAGCUCCUCUGUCACGCCCAACAGCGGGGCCGGGAGCCCCAUGGACACACCACCAGCAGCCACCCCGAGGUCGACCACCCCGGGGACCCCUUCUACCAUAGAGACAACCCCUCGCUAGACGUGAACUCAGAACUGUCAGAGGAAAGA